UUUUUCUUUUUGUAGGGCAUUUUAUACAUUUGCAGAUUGCAGAGACCAUAGCUCCUAUGUAAGCUUGCACAGAUCCAGGCCUAUUGAAGAUGAAGGUUGUAACAUUUGAAGGAGAGACAGGAAAGGUGGUGAAGCUGAAAGUAAAACCAGAUAUCCAAGUGACUCAUGGAUCUAUUAUUCUACUUUAUAAGCUAAAAGAUGACCAACUUCCCUUGAAACUUCGAGCCCAGGACUUCGGCAAAGUGAAGAGCAUAUUGGUGAAGGAGGGAGAGCUUAUCAAGAAAGGGUGUCCAUUGCUGGAACUGGAAACCUGCACCCAUGCUACUGUCAUCAAGGACAUGUGUGCUGAAUGUGGGGCAGACUUGAGAGAAGAGGAGAAGAAAAGUGGCCGUGCAUCUGUUGCAAUGGUUCAUUCCAUUCCUGAACUGUUAGUCAGCAAAGAGCAAGCAAAAGCAUUGGGCCGAGCAGAUCAGCAGCGGCUGCUUAACAGCCGACAGUUGGUCCUUCUCGUGGAUUUGGAUCAAACCCUUGUUCACACAACAAAUGACAACAUACCAGCCAACCUUAAGGAUGUGUAUCACUUCACCUUGGGCUAUCCUUCUCCUUGGUAUCACACGCGGCUGAGGCCAGGGACAAAGAGAUUCCUCCAAGAAAUCAGCAAACUCUAUGAAAUGCAUAUUUGCACUUUUGGAGCACGCAUGUAUGCUCACAAAAUUGCCUCAUUUCUUGAUCCACAAGGGAGAUAUUUCUCUCAUCGCAUCCUCUCCCGAGAUGAGUGCUUUGAUGCCAUGACCAAAACCGCCAAUCUCAAGGACCUGUUUCCUUGUGGGGAUGACAUGGUGUGCAUCAUAGAUGACAGGGAGGAUGUGUGGAAAUUUGCACCCAACUUGGUGCAUGUGAAACCUUACCAUUUCUUCAGGCAUACUGGGGAUAUCAAUGCCCCCCCAGGCUUUAGCAAGCAGGAGAAAGAUGACAAGGAAGGAUAUGAUGCUGAAGAACUGGCCAAUGAGCACAAAGAUCUAAAGGCUCCUGGUGAAUCUGGUGCUGGGAAGCGUGAAGAAGUAAUCACAGACAAGGAUGAUGUGGGGGAAUCAGAAGAUAUCAGUCAAGAUGUUCCUUCACUUCAAGGUGAUAAGGAUAGCAAGGAAGGGUCCCAGGAAGAGAAAAUUGAAAAGCAGAGGAAAGAGCUAGCAAAUAUGAUUGUUUCCGAGAAGGCUGAUGUCAUCGUUGAAGCUGUGAAUGGAAUAUCCAGUGAUCCAGAGUCAGAUGAGAAAGUUUGCAACAAUGUCAGUGAGCAAAAUGAAAAGACUAUGGAAAGUGAAAGCUGUAAAGAGACUCUGGAAGGUGAAAGGAAGGAGGACAAAGUACAAGUUGAAGGGAUAAGGAGCAGCAAACCAGACAUCAAUGAGGAGGUGCUGGUAGAAAAACCCAAGAGUGAAGACCCUUUGGAGGUACUUGAGAAGGGACCUAUAGAAAAGCUGAAGAGUGAGGAGCCUUUGGAGACAUCAUCAGAGUCUACAAUUGAGUCUCGUGAUGAGGAGCCUCUCCUAGACCCUCCUGACCUUGAUGAUUACCUCCUGCACCUAGAGGACAUAUUGAAAAAAAUCCAUGGCACCUUUUAUAAGAUCUAUGAUGACAUGGUCAAAAACAACUCCCAAAGCAUUCCAAAUCUGAAGACGAUUGUACCCCAUGUCCGCAAAUCCGUGUUACGGGAUGUUUCCAUUGUCUUCAGUGGUGUCGUGCCUACCAAGGUGCCUCUGUCAAGAAGUAAACCAUUUGCAAUAGCCAAACAGCUUGGGGCUGAGGUGAAGGACCGGGUGAUCCCAGGGGAAACAACUCAUGUUGUGGCUGCUAAAGCUGGCACUGUGAAGGUCCGAGAAGCUCAGAAAUUGACGGGCAUUCACCUUGUCACUCCUGAUUGGCUUUGGUGCUCUGGGGAGCGGUGGGAACAUGUUGAUGAGCGGCUCUUUCUCCUCUUCCCGGAAAAUGGGACUAAGAAACAUAAGAAAAGGAAACAGAAAGAUAAAGAGGACAAAGAUGAAGGGGAGGAGACAAUGAAAGAAGAUGAUCAGGGAGUUGACUGCCCUGAUUUUUUGGGGGACUGCUCCUCAGAGGAGGAUCGAGAGGAGGCUGCAACUCCAAGGGAAAGCCAGGAGAAGCCAGGAGCACAGAGAGACCAGGAAUUCAAGGAGUCUCUUCACCCCAUGAUGUUCAUGGGGAUGACUGAUGUGCAGGAGAUGAGCAAGGAAGUUGACUCAGAACUUACAGACGAUGAAGACGAGAAUGAUGAUGAUGCCAGUCGAGGAGGAAGGAAGAGGGUGUUAGAAGAUGACAACUCUGAAUCAAGUUCAAGUUCCCUCAGUGGAGAUAGCCCCCAUGGAUGGAAAAAAGACGGGACUGUGAAGCGACGGAGGAUAGAUCAGGAAGAUGAAGAGGAGGAGCAGAAGGAAGAAGAGGAAGAGAUGCCAAGCACAAAAUUCCGUCGAGGCGAGGGGUACCCAAGUGAUGUCAGUUGUGGGGAAGAGGGCUCUUCGAGUGAGGACGACACCCAGAAAUGGGCUUCUCUUGAAGAAUGGCUCACCCAGGAAACUUCAUCUUCCCAGUCUUGAUUUGUGUCAGUAUUCAACAUCAUCAGAUGUUCAGUUUUACAUAAGUCAUUUCGUCAUCAACUUUUACAUAGUAUUUUUGCCUGUUGUGUGUGAUCGUGUGUGUGUAUGACCAUAACAUUGCAAAUUGUAUGAAAUUUUUGGGUAGAGUGUAUAUGGGACAGUUUCCCAGGUUCUUCCAUCUCAUUUUAUGUCUGUGAUAGGGAACCAUCCUGGGCCAUUUAUUUCUACGCAUCACGAUCUCAUGAUUUCUAAUUGUCACUAUUCAUGCAAAGUGAUGGGGAUUUCUGUUUUACAAAGGAAUUUUCACAGAGUAAAGAGAAUUGCUUCCAGUCAA